AAUCUAACCCAGUCAUGUGCUCAUUGCUCAGUGAUCCAGCGCACAGAUCUUACAAUAAGCCCGGAAGUAACGAAGAGCUCGGUAUAACUACCACUAAGUCUAAGUAACGCGCUCAGGCUGCAAACAAACAUCCAGAGAAACCAUCAGACGUCAACAUGGACUGCGGAAUUAUAACGUCGAAGACUGUUCUCUUGCUUCUGAGUUUAGUUUUUUGGGCUGCAGGGGCCGCCCUGGCCUAUGUGGGCUCCUACGUGCUGAAGAGCUACAGCAGCUUCGACAAGUUCUUCGAGGACAAGUACACCCUCAUCCCGGCCGCCAUCAUCAUCGGCGUGGCCGUGGUGAUGUUCAUCAUCGGCACCGUGGGCUGCUGCGCCACGCUGAGGGAGUCCAAAGUCGGCCUGGGCUUUUUCCUGGUUAUCAUCCUGGUAAUGCUGGCAGCAGAGGUUACUGCAUUUGUGUUUGGAUUCAUCUACAGAGGCAAGAUAACGGGUGACCUGGAGAAGACCAUGACCGAUGUGUUCCAGAAGUAUGAUGGGCAGAGCCCUGAGACCCGGGCAGUGGACUAUCUGCAGGACCAGCUAAGCUGUUGUGGGGUCAAGAACUUCACCGACUGGGAGAAGAUGGCCUGGUUCAGCACCCAUAACAACACCGUUCCCAAAUCGUGUUGCAAGGCAGCCAACGUGACGAGCUGCACAGGCCGAGUAGACCAGCUGGAUCUGCUCAAUGUUGAGGGCUGUGAGGCCAAGCUUGACCGUGUGCUGCAGGAUGUCCUGAGCUACGCAAUGCUGGUGCUUCUCGGGUUUGCCAUCAUCAAGUUUUUCGGGAUUGUCAGCGUCUGCGUGAUCACCUGCAGAAGGCGCCGGAACGAAUACCAGCCACUGUACGCCUAGUCCCGAUGGACUCCAAAGGGACAUCCAGGAACUCCGUCGCCUAGCUCCAAAGCACCACCGACCAGUUUCCUGCACCAUCUCUGCUAGGCAAAAUGAGCCUCCGUCAUGUGACCUCUGACGGUAGUUUACCAUAUGUAUAUCUGUAUAGUCUGAUUUUCAUCUUUACCUGCCAGGGGUGUUUUUAACUCUCAAAACCACUUUGUUUUGCUACCUACUCCAAUAACGGAAGACAUUUUUUUUUUUUUUUAUAACAGCAAAGCUGUCUAUAUGAAUCUGUUCAAAGCUGCCUCAUCCCUGUAGCACUAGAACAGUGGUCCUCACUCCUGGUCUUGGAGAGCCGCAGGGUGUGCUGGUUUUAGUUUUCCCCGAAAUAUCAGUAACCAGUUUAGACCCAAGAAACCAGGUGAGUUGUGUUUGCUGUGUAAUUAACUGCUGUAAUUGAUCGAUUAAGUGCUGAGUAACAACAAAAACCAGCACACCCUGCGGAGUUUGGACGACUGCAGUAGAGCAACAUGCACUGGCUCCUGGAGCGAUUAUCUGCAUUUAUAAGGUAAAUUAGGAAGGGGAAGGCACACUGCUGAUUGGCUUUAAAUAUGUGUCAGGGGAUAUUGCUCCUCCCACAUUUUCUUAUCAUGUGCCUGUAAUGGCUAGGUCAAACAAAACAAACAUUGCCCGGUUUCCCAUUUUAGUCAGUGUUGUGCCUGUAUUUUGAAUGUGAAGUUUGAUACAGCUGUGAAAUCGAAAUUAAAUAUAACAAGUGCUUAAUUGUAAUUGAUUGCCUAAAGAGUUUGUGCUCCUUGUGUCCAAGGCAAAAGUUGCCACUGAUUGAAAGGAAAUCGCAAAAAACAGCAGAACUGCAGCCCCCUAGGACGUGUGUUUGAGGCCCUGGGAUGAAAUGCUUAUAUCAGGGAUGGGCAGGUCCAGUCAUGGAGGGCCGGUGUGUAUGCAGGAUUUUACUGCCGCUAGUUGCCCUGGCUGAAUGCGCUGAUUAGCCAUAAGCACCAUGACUGAUUCACAUGUAAAUUAGACCAAAAUAAAAUGCUACAAUUCCAGAACAUUUAUCAGCUGCAGUUUAUAUCACGGAAUGUAGCUCAAAAUGACGACGUAUGUAAAUGAUUGGGCUAAUUAAAUCAUUAAGAGCAGAAGUUGGUCUGAAAUCCAGAAACCCAUGCCCGUCCCUGGUUUAUGCGAACGGUCUAUAAAAUGCUGGUAUUUCAGAUAAAUAAUAUGUUGUGACAAGAAUGCGUCUUUCCAAAGAAGAUACUCAAGGAGGCAAACUGCGGUUUCUGAGAAAUUGCGUGGGUGGUGACCUCUGUUGCUAUCUCUCUGACGUGGGGACCAUUUUUUAAAAAGAUAAACACUGACACUGAAAAUUAUGAUGUUUGCCUGCCUAGAAUUUCAGUCGGCCUGAAUGAAAUGGACAUAAAUAAGAAAUAGGAUUCAAGUCAUGAGUAAACUGACUUUUAUUUUUGUCCUGUUCUUUUUCUUUUUUCCCCAUUUGGUUAGACAACCAUACAUUGUGUUGGAGAAUAAAAUCAAUCAAUUUACUGUACUUGUAAAGCUUAGUCUUAACUGGGUGUUCUUUUAAAAGAACAAACUUAUCAUUGAGCUGCUGAGGUGCCAUUUUGUUUUUCUCUUUAUGACUGUCAUGAUCUAAGCCAGUGGAAUGUCAGGUUGUUACAAGGCAAUUAUGUGAGUUUAGCUAAUUAAAUUAAUUCAUUUACGCACACUUCAUCCAAGUGUAAUUGUGUUCAUAUCCUUCCUGGCAGUAUCUUUCCAAAAAUCCUGUGAAAUUUGCAGGGGUAAUUGAACUGUUACAGAAUACACAUAGCUGACCGCUUUGAUACCUCAUUCUGGUAAGCAAAACAACCACAACAAUAAUAACUGCCAUAUUUUGGGUGAUUGUCUGAAUUUAAUGACACAAAUGUAAUCCUUUUCAGUACUGGUGUUUGGUAACUUGUAAUUUUUUCAGAUUGUUAGCAUUAUUCAAGAUCUAUAAAUAAAUAUUAAAUCCCAGGAUUUCCUUACAGAACAUCUUUUCUCAUGUACAAGUUAGUUAGCACCGUACUGAUGUAGUUAUAAUUUGCUUUAAAUCUUAUUCCCUUAGUAUCAAUUUGCAAUUCGUAUAACCUCACUGAUAAAAUUCAUGAUCAAUAUUUGUUUGAAAGGCAACUUGUUUUUGGUUUUUACUUAAAUGAUUUAAGCAUUGAAAGAUGGGGAGUCAAAAACAGACACACAGGAAGCUGGUAUUAAUGAUCAAAGAAAUGUUUCUUGUGACAUUUCAUACUGCUCCCCAAAUGCCUUGUAUUAAAGCACUUUUGGAAGAAAUAAAUUGAAAAGGUCAGCCAUGUUUGGUGCCGUAUUUAAUAUUUUAUAUCCUUAUCUGUUGUAUCCUGUUUAAUAAAAUUUCUCACCCAA